CGCGAUUAACCGUGUGAACAAUGGAUGUGAAAAAUGCUGCGUCCUUGAGUGUAGCUAGCUUGAUAAAAUUUCACGACAAGGAUUGUAUUAUUGACGCUAACUGUAAACACUCACUGUUGUAGUUGUAUGAUUACAAAGACAUGAUGUCGUAAUUGAACAAUGAGCAGCACACAAAAAAAUAAUGAUCUUCUUGGUUGAACCUCGUGGUCAAUAGCCACGUCCUCGUCGCACGCAGAAGCUAGUGUAGGUGCUUUCCUGUUCAACGUGCUCGACAAGACCAAGAUCAUGGGUCUUGGCGCAACUUGCUCUACAGGCAUUCUUAUGGUAAAUCAAAUCUGGUGUAUUCCGCAUAAGAAUACUAAACGUGGUACACAGCACCAACAACCAGCGCAUCGACACAAGACCUAAGUAGAAUGUUGGUGUCCACCACCACACCUACGGCAGCUCAGCAGGAAGCAGAUGUGCCUCCUCAUCCAUGUGAGCCUUUUCUUGAAAGAGGCACAUCAACUUCAACAACACCUGCUGGAACUACAACUACAGAGGCAAACCGGCUAAAACCGUACUAUGAGAGGUUGCGAAAACAGCUGGAAGCCCUGCAGCUAGAGGCAACAGGACUUUCGGCCGCACCACCAGGUGGGACGAGGAAGCAGAAGAAGAGCAACAACAGAAGUCAGAAACUAGAGAACCACGCUUGGCACAUACGAAGCAUUACGAAGUUGCUGUUUAAGGUACCUGUAGUUACAACUGCUAGCCUGGAGUUGUGUAGAAAUGAAGCUGCUAGUAUCUACUACGGAACCUCCGCAUCUCGAACUCAGACAAUGGUGCUUAAGUGAAAAAAUAUGACUCAUAACUAAACGAAAACUGUUUUUUCAUCUCCUCGACAUAUUUCAUCACUUGGUCUUGCAUUUCGAACAUAAAUGAUCAACACCAGAUGACUAGCUAUGUCGGCAGCUGCAGAGAUAACGGAUCUACAACUGAUCUUGCUCUCUAUCCCAGUGCAGAUCUAGAUACUGUGGCGGAUGCUGUCGAUGCUUACUUGCUUGACGGGCUUCUAGACGGCGUUCCUUCUGUCGAUGAGACUUUAUACGACCGCUUCUUCGCAGCUCAGGACCUCCAUCUGGUGGCAGGAGCACCACCACAACAUCAACUGGGUAGUCCAGUAACUACUUCUAGCACUUUAGAAGCACCGCAUGAUAUUACUCGACAUGUGGAUGUGGUUACGACCACGUCCACCACAACUUCUACCAGCUCUCCGGAUGCGCCAUCUUCGAACACAACAACGACGUCUACUGCAACUGCGUCGAGCAGUCCUCGGGAUUCAGGACCGCCUAAUAGACCCCCACCGCCUAUGCAUACCAGUCCUCCGCCACCACCCCGCAGUCGACCGCCACCACCGCCGCCUGGCAAGUUCGAAGCAAAUUGCGACACGGGCACCAGAACCACGACGCGGGGUGGUAGAAGAAGUGCUCCUGCUGGUGGUACACUUGAGGUGGAAGUUCACAUGGCGGAUAAUUGUCAACUAGAAGGAGCGACAUCGGUGGGAGUAGACAUCAAAGGUGGACUACAGCACUGCAAAAUAGCACGAUCAAAUAGUCGCGGAGCUAUACCAAGUCCCUCCUCCUCCUCCGACGCAGCUCUUGGUGCUGUUGUAGACAUAUUUCAACAAGUAGAACAAGGGCCCCCGAGAGGGUUUGAUAUUGACAAGUCAAGAAGCUCCUGGAAUGAUCCUCUCACUCUGGAAGACAUGAUGUUGCUUGACCCCUUACUUGCUUCUUCUCCAACUUCUUCCUUGUCAGCCUCCUGUUCUUUUGCAGGCGUCCCUAGUCCUUCACUCACCACAACUUCUGUAGCCACAACUUCAGCUUGUUCAUCGUCACAACGAGGAAGAGGAAACGAAGACCUUUCGUCCUCGGAAGCUGCACCUACAGGUUAUACAAAUUCGCUGUCGUCCUCUACUUCCUCUUCUGGAGGUGCUACUACAACUUAUAGUUGUGGCGCCACCUCGUCCUCUUUUCUUCCUUCCCCAACAACCAACACAAGAUCCACGUCCUCCUCUCCAUCAACAGGAGGAUUAGCAUCUUCAACUUCAACAGCAGGGUUAAUAGCAUCUUCAUAUUCAACAUCUGGAGGUUCAAGUUCAUGUUCAUCUUCUGGUGGUGGUGGUGGUGGUCGUGGUGGUGGUGGGACUGCGAGCGGUACUAGUGGGAGUGGCACCACGAUCGCGGCGUCUUCCUCGUCUUCGAGCAAUACAACAAAGGAAGGCAACUUCUACAUCAAGAGCGAAGAGGAGAUGAUGCUUGAGGCCUCUUUCCGCAAUGCUCCACGUGAGUCGGACCAAGUCCCCGUUCUCAAAUACCGUCCACGCAAUCCCUACAUUCAUUCGCCGAAUAACGUUCCGAUCUACCCUACCCAGACAGCGCAACCGUGGAAAACGGCGUUUCAAAAUUUUGAGACCAAAUUUAAGGGCCACCGAAACAUGAUUGGAGUAAUAUUGUCCUCAACUUACUCAUAACUACUUAAUAGAAGCAAGAAUUUGAACACUCACUCCAUGUCGUCCAUCUUCUGUAAGUGUAAGACCCUCUAACAAAUACGAUCUCGACACGUUGUUUUUUGUUUUCUACUACCAGCAAGGCAGUUAUAUGCAAUUUCUGGCUGCGCGGGAACUGAACCGAAUGGCUUGGCGUUUCCACCGACAAUAUCUCACUUGGUUCCAACGGCAGGAGAAUCCUCGGUUGUGUACGGCUGAAUACGAGCGCGGGAGCUACGUCUACUUCGAUCACGAUACGGCCUGGUGUCAAAGGUUGAAACUUGACUUCACUUUCGAUUAUCGCUAUUUGGAGGCUGGCUCUACCGGUACUGCGGCUUCUAGUAAUUCUUCCUCUUCUACUAGUUCUUCUAGCAGGAAUAAAAGAUCGACCAGUGGUUCUGGAGGUGGUAAUCACGUAAGAUCUUUUUCUUCAGCACAUCAGAGUGAAGGAGGAGACAAUGACAAAGCGCAGCAACAUGGAAGUGGUGGCACAACGAACUGCGCUGCAAAUUCAAAUAUUAGUAGUGCAGCGGAUAGGGCAGAAGAUAGAGAUUAUGCAGCAGCCUCAGCUUCCACUACGGGUGCAACGCUUCACCGUACUUCUAGUCGUGGCGGUAAAGCUACGAGUCGUGGUGGAGGAAAUGCCAGUAACGUAAAUUCAACGUCGAAUAGUGGAGCAAACUCCAGCACAGCAAGCAAGACAAAAGCACCACCUGGACUCCCUACUUUACCCCUAGCGGCAUAACCUUGAAUGAUGUUGUUCUAUUUCUUGUUUGCGGUGGAAUGAAUCUUCGCCGUUGAGGCAUGACCGAUUGCGAUUCGGUCCUUCCAUGUAGAUCAAAGUUUUGACCCUACUACAUCUCGCACUCGACUCACAACUUCUUUUCAUAUGGGAUAGGGAAACAACUAGAGUACUUAAUACAAUCCAAAACCAUCAAUCUAAUCCAACUAGAGUCCUUAAUACUUGUUUUCAUGAUCAUGAUGAAUUUUUUUAUAAGUAAAUAUGUUCUAGUUUUUGAACAUCUCACAUCAUUAAAUAUGUUGUUGAACAUCAUUUUCAUUCACCCCAUGUUGACGCUUCGAAAAUUCAAAUUGUUCUCUCUCAUGGCCACUCUUCAUAGUCAUACACCAACUUCUUCAUAUAACAACGCCUACUUCUUUAAAAAUGGUCUUGUUGUCACCGUCACGCGACGACUUCUUCUUUAUUGUUCACAUGAGUAAGUGUUUCUACUAUCAUCUCUAUCAUGUUUCUCUCGCGCUCCUGAACCCUCUUCUUGAUCUUGCGCAUCGUGGUCGCAAUCCUUUUCGCUCGAGCGAAAUUCUCUAAUACUAAUAUCAACUUCUUCGUGUAGAAAGAAAUUCAUUUUCUUGGUCUAUUUCUUGGCCUUCCCCGCUCGCCCCACCUCCUAUCAAGAAUAUUCCUCAACGCAAAAGAUGAAGCAAGUAGUGAAUGUAAAAAGUACACCGGAGGUAAAAAUAUCAAGUUUGAGGGAGAACAAGUAC